AUGAUUAAAUUAGAUAAGAUAACAUUGGCAUUUAUUUUUAAUACUGUAUUGAUACUAUUGAAACUCUUGCAUUUAUAUUAUUUAUUUUUGAAUUACUAGAAAACUUUAUUGGAAAUUAUUAUAUUAGCGAAUUAUUUAAUCAAUAUUAGCUUAAAAAAUAUUAAUAAAAUUUAUUUUUCUUAACUUUUUAAGUUCUUUGUCUAGUUUGUUUUUAAUAUACAAUUUUAAAGCGAGAAAGAAUUCUUUUCAAUUUUAAUUGUAACACUUUGA